UUAAUUUUUAGUGUCGACUUCUCUGAUUCCUGAAAAAAGACUGUUGCUUUUUUUCUUAACAAUUUCUUCCCACGAUCUCACGAGAAUGACUCUUGAUAAUUUGAUCCUGAGGCUAUUUUUCCUGGUCCAGACUGGUGCUGGGAUCCUGGGGAACACCUUUCUUCUCUCAGCCUACGCCUCCACAUUCUGCACUGGCCGGACACUGAGGCCCACACACCUGAUCCUCAUCAAUGUAGCUGUGGCCAACUUCCUGGUCCUUCUCUGCAAGGGGAUUCCCCAGAUGAUACUUAUCUGGGGAGCAGCACACAUCCUGGGAAACACUGGCUGUAAACUCGUCUAUUAUAUCCACAGAAUGGCCCGGGGUCUUUCUCUCUGUACCACUAGUCUCAUGAGCAGUUUUCAGGCAAUCACCGUCAGCCCGAGAGCUGGUGGGUGGGUGGGGCUCAGAGACAGAGCUUGGAAGAACAUUGGUUCCUCCUGCUUUCUGUGUUGGCUCUCCAACCUGCUGAUAAACAUCUUUGUACCAAUCCAUAUCGAGGCUCGUCAGUAUAUCCACAAUUCUACACAGAGACGAGAUUAUGGACUGUGCUCUUCUAAAAGUCCUGGAGCAUCGAUUGCUGCAAAAUACACAAUUCUUUUGACAUUCCCUGAUGUGGUGUUCAUGGGACUCAUGAUUGGGGCCAGCAUCUACAUGGUACUUCUCCUACACAGACACCACCAGAGAGUGAAGCAUAUUCACACCCUCAGCAACUCCCACAGAGUCUCAACUGAGGCAAAAGCCAUUCAUACCAUCUUGCUUCUAGCAAGUACUUUCAUUUUGUUUUACUUCAUCAAUUCUAUCCUUACAAUUUAUAACAUUGUUUUCUUCAAAUCUCGCCUCUGGUUGCAGCAUACUACCACGUUUCUGGCAGCUUGUUAUCCCACCCUCAGCCCCCUGAUACUGAUACUUCGAGAUCCCCGGACACCAGGUUUCUGCUCUUACAUGGUGAAAAAAGGGACCAACAAGUAAUGUGGUGGUUCAGGUGCC